AGGGCAGGGACUCUGCAGACGCCGCCAUGGCUGGCAUUGCUCUCGGGCCUGCGCGCUCCCUGCUUGCCGCCCUUCUGGCGCCAGCGCUGGUGGCAUUACUGGUGUCACCGGCCCGGGGUCGCGGGGGCCUGGACCACGGGGACUGGGACAUGGGCUGGCGACUGCCUCCGCUGCCACCCCGCGAAGACGCGCCGCGCGUGGCCCGCUUCGUGACGCACGUCUCGGACUGGGGCGCGCUGGCCACUAUCUCCACGCUGGAGGCGGUGCGCGGCAGGUCCUUCGCGGACGUCAUCUCCUUCAGUGACGGUCCCCCGGGCGCAGGCAGCGGCGUGCCCUACAUGUACCUGAGCCCAAUGCAGCAACUAGUGAGCGACUUGCAGGAACAUCCAGAGGCUACGCUGACACUGUCUUUGGCACAGACUGUCUUCUGUAGGAAACAUGGGUUUGAUCCCCAGAGUCCCUUGUGUGUUCAUAUAAUGCUGUCAGGAACUGUGACCAAGGUGAACGAGAAGGAAGCAGACUAUGCGAAGAAUUCAUUAUUCCUGCGACACCCUGAGAUGAAGACUUGGCCUUCCAGCCAUAAUUGGUUCUUUGCAAAGUUAAAUAUAACCAACGUCUGGGUCUUGGACUACUUUGGUGGACCGAAAGUCGUGACACCUGAAGAAUAUUUUAAUGUCACAUUGCAGUGAAGCAGAAUAUGGUGAACUGACCCACACCAGCAACGAGUCGUAGAUGGUUCCUGCACACUUAAGGGCUUGCUGUUGUCUGCAGCUUUCCUGGGCUGUCAGCGGACUCUGCCACCCGCUGGUUGAUCUUGUUUGCUUGCCUGUUUACAGAAUGUUGGUCCUAGAGUGGGGUCUCUUGGAAGAUGUGGUUGCUGGAUUUAAAACUUGUGUUUUGAAGCCAUUUUCACAGAAAAAUGCCAUUCAUUCUAAUCAAGGACUUUUUCUUUCAUCUAUUCCCAGUGUUUUUUCUUCAAUGGUGCCCAUAGAUGGGCAACGUAGACCAGGUGUAGAUUCCCCAUUGAGGUACCAAAGUCCAGGUGCUUAUUCCUGACGGCCACUGUGCCUGGAGGGUGACCCCCUCACCCCGCUGCCUCUGGAGCCUGUGCAGAGGGUGUGUCCCGGAUAGAGUGCCUGUGUGGACCCUUCAGAUGGAAGGAGUGAACUUCCUGUUCACGUCUGCUUGUAGGGCUGAUUCAGCACAGGGCAAAAGGAUCUUCUGUAAAGCUCCGUGAAUGUCUCACGCUCCAAAGUCAUAGUUACCCAGGGCAAAGAAGUCAGAAAUGUUUCCUGCGUUCAUCUUCCACCUAAGUAGGCACUGAAUAUUUAUUCUUCAUCCUUCAAAACAUAUACACAUGGGCUGGGGGCUGGGUACAGCUCGCUUGAUAGAGCGCUUGUCCAGCAUGCAUGGGGCCCUGGGUCUCGGCCCCACCACUGAAACAAACAAACAAAAACCCAAAACAAUAUGUUAUAUUUGCACAAAAAGAGGAUUGCAGAAGGCAAGGAAUUUUGUCUGUGUUGGUUUUUUUUUUUUUUUUUUUUUUUUUUUUUGCAAAAGAAGAAUUAAAAGAAUUACGAGAGGAAUUAGCCCAGGCGCCAACCACAGCCCGCGCCUUCCUCUGAUGUUCUGUGUCUCAGAGCUCCUGGUGCUGCUGCUGCAGCCAUCCAUCCGUGGGAGAUAGCAUGGUAACAUGGCAUUAAAAACCUUUCUGGGCUAGAGGGACGGCUCAGCAUUUAAGGAUGCAGACUGCUCUAGCGGAGGAACUGGCCCAGGGCUCAGACAGACACAGCUGCUCAGAAUCCCAGCUCUGGAAUCAAAUCCCUCUGGCCUCUGGGGGCACCAGCACACACACACAGACACUCGCACACACACAAUUAAAAACAACACAUUUUAAAAUGUUUCUUCAGAGGGUGUACUGUCUAGCUUCGUCUUCUGAAUUCGUGAUCUCAGAUGACGUAAGAGACCUUUUAAUGAAGUGUGGGGUAUCAAACCACUGACCCCCUACGGCAGCAAAAACAAGUUAAAUAGGAGCCAUAAUGUUGGAAAAAUAGAUGAUAAACUAAACAAAUCCAGCAAAUGACUUUUCAAGAAAAAAAAUUAUAUUAAACAGCCAGAGUCUUGUCAUUCAAGUCAUUAACAAUUAAAAGCGUUAUUUUAAUGAA